AUUCUUCCUGGUCAUUAACCCAAGAGCAGCAACAAGCUUUGUCCAAGGACAAAAUGGAGCAGAAAAUGAAGGCGGCAUGUCGACAGAAUCUGCAUAAUGGAGCUGCUGCCGACAACAAGUUAACAAAGACAAGUCGUUGGUAGACAGCUUCCGGUUUUGAUGUCGGCUGUUGACAAGUAUCUGUGUCCAGCGUUAUCCAUUCAUGAAAUUCCAAAGGAUGAGCAAAUGAAGGAGCUUUGGAUUGCAAAAACUGAGCAUCUGCAGAUUCAUAGAGAAGGAGAAAAACGGACGAAAGAGCAGAUCAAACAUGACAUUAUAGGGACAAUCUGAGGACAACCCAAACUACAUAUCUGGCAACAUUUACUUGAUAUCUAGAAAAAAGCAGGGACAGAAAAGUUCUCUAAUACAAGACCUCUUGCCACCGUAAAGAGGUGGUAUUCACGAGGAGCAUGAAGAGAAACAAUGAGACCACUGGUCGACAAAUUUGUCUGGAGCUUUCUCCUUUGUUCCUUUGUUGUGUUUGUGGAAUCGAUGAGUUCUUCACAGAGAAAAAUGGACGGCGAUCUCAAAGCAAGACAAACUGUUUGUACAGCCGUAUCUUGUUUCAUGGACAGUGAGGACGACAUCGUACGGUACAAAUAGUUCGCACGAAGACGUGUUCCUGCAUAUAAAGUCAAAGAAGCCGAGAAAGUCCAAAAGAGAUAACUGAAUGCGAUUGUCUUUUAAGAUAAAAAUUAUUAUUAAUUUUUUUGUUCCAUAACCCAUUUAUUUUGUAAGGAGUCAGAUACUUUCAUGCAGAGGAUGACGAUCUGUUGGAAACAUUUGCUUAUUUUACGGUUGUUUGUGAAGGAUUAGAAGUUUUUGUUUAUUUUUUUUUUGUUUUUUGCAGUUGUCUUUGACUUUUCUGAACAUGCUUCACUCCCUCUCUACAAGUCUGCGCGCGCGUGUGUAUGUGUGUCUUUGUGUGCAUACGUGUGUGUGUGUGUACGCGCGCGAGAGAGAAAGCAGAUACGUGUGUGCUGUCGCCGAAGUAUCUAUUUGCAAUAUAGUCAACUUCGCCAUAUCCAAUGUAUUUUGAUGAUGAUGAUGAUGAUGAGGAGGAGGAGGAGGAGGAGGAGGAGGAGGACGACGACGACGACGACGACGACGACGACGACGACGACGACGACGACGACAUGAGCAUACCUCCAGCGGAAAAGGAAACAUAGCGUUUAUCCCCCAAAAACCCACUGAGAUAUCUUUGACCAUCCAAUGAACCUAUACAUGAGAACGUAGACAGCAAGAUAAAUAUAGAAAAUAGCAAUAUAGAAAUGUUAAAGAAAAAAAAGCUACAUCCAAAUUUUUUCUGAUUUUUAUUUCAGUACAAACCACCUAAAUAUAUAUUCUCUCUCUCUGUUAUCUGGCAUUAGCUGCUUCCACUGCUGUAAACUUUCGUGCUUGGUAAGCUACACUCGAUGAUCAGGCCACACCCACGCACGCAAGUCAUCAAGUGUACAGUCUGUGCCAUGAGAUUAAUUCACUGUUUGAUGCAUCAAAAAUAUGUCCUAAAACCCUCCGCCCAUCAGGUCCUACGAUCAGAGGUCGCUGCCUUCCUGCUGAGCAGGGAAGUAGUAUUUUGCAUCAAGCUCUAUCCAGUCAUUGGAAACAAAUGUACUACAAACAGAACUUCAAGAUCCGCCACGACGCAUCUGCUUGACAUACCAUAGCGAAGUCAUGAGUGCAACGAAUAAGAACACACUCGUGUUCUGCGCAUGGACCGAUCACCUGCAGGCACCGACUACAAUAUACAGGUGUCAGAAAUCAGAUGACAAGGAUAACCUAUUAGUGGAGAACAAACAACGAUCCGAGCCAUCCAGGUGAGCGGUCCGACGCCGGUGUUGGAGAUGGCCCUGCCUCUGUACAGCAGGUGCCGAGGCCGCAACAGGUGCUGGGGCCUGAUGGUGAAGAUGAUGCUCCUCGCCUUCGUCAUCGCCUGCAUCAAACCGCUGCGCAACGCUCUGCUGUACCCGGUGUUUCCGCCGCUGUGGCGACCCAUCGGCACCUACAAGCUGCUGUACAUCCACAUGAAUGACUUCUUCUACCCCAUGGACCUGAAGCCCUAUCACGGGCCGUGCGAGGACGUGGUGGAGAAGAUUCAGCAGCUGGGCAUCCUCAGAAAAGCCGAUGAGCUCAACGCCACCUUCCGCGUGUACCGGGAACAAGACUGGGAGGCGGCGCAAAAUGAACUGCGCAUGCGCAAUGACCCGGAAACCAUGCGCAAGCUGAGCUACUUCCGCCCCGCGCUGACGGAAGGAGAGCAGCGCGCCCUCUUGCGUGCCCUCUACGUGGCUACGUCGGUGCUGGGGGCCUUCAACAUCACGUACUUCGUGGCAGAGGGCACCAUCAUCGGGGCGCUGCGUCACGGGGGUCUCAUCCCUUGGGACGACGACGCCGAUGUCCUGUUUAAGGCCGAGCAAUGGCCGGUGGCUCGGCGCGUGCUGUCCUGCGUGCCUGGCUUUCGGCUCAAGAUCUACUCGGACUUCAUGUGGAAGUUCUUCUCCGCUGACUCCCCCUUGUGGCAGGGCGAGGAGGUCACUCGCUUCCCCUACGUCGACAUGUUUCCCUACGCGGAGGACAGCGAACACGUGUGGCCACUGGUGGUGUGGCUCAAAGACAUCAUCAUGUGGCCUCGCCACGAGGUGUACCCGGGACAGGACGUGGCCUUCGACAACUUCUGGGUGCGCGCCCCCAGCGACAUGGCGGGGAUUGUGAGUCACAACUUUGGCGACAUCCGUAAGUGCGCCUCCCGGUUGUUCGAAAGACGAGAGAGGCGACUGACCACUUCGAACGAGAGGAUCAGCGUGGAUUGCAAACUGCUGGACGGUGUUUAUUCCUUCGCGAAAGAUUAUCCGUACAGAGUGGGUUAGGAAUGAUCUGUAGCAAAGUCUACAUGCUGUGGUUAGAAACUUUGAUGAGCUCCGCCCAGCUGAAAUCAUCUACGUGUGCAUAUCAUUCUUUAUAUUUUGCUUUGAUAUCUUUACAUUUACAUUUUUGUUUGGUUUUUUUUUCUCACCGUUACUGUUCGCGUCGACGGGUGUUUGAAACUGGGAGCUACAGUGUAAUUACAUGAGAACAAAUGAUAACAUAAUAUUAGAUAAUACUUUUUGAAAGUCCCGCAUGCGCUUGCAGACAUGUGCGCGGGUACCCACCAACUCGCACAGAGAUAGAGGGAGAGAGUACUACAGGGUGACGAAACACAGAAUAAAAUAUUUGUUUACUUGUUUUUAUAAUCCUUUCUUCUCCAUUGGAACCCCAUCCCCUCAACACCACUACCCCCAAACCUUCCUUUCAUCAAAACGAGAACAACCAGCAGAACUCUCAACAGCAUCAGCAGCAGCAGCAGCAGAGUCGUCGGUCGAGUUGCUGCAGUAACCCACUUGGCGAAAAAACAAGACAAGUGAUCUUAUCUGAACUUUUGUGAUCGUGAUUUUGUUUAUGAACCUACAAACUGACGAGAAGGACCAGCCCGAGGUCCGCCCAUUUACUGCUUUAAUACACGUGUGUCUUCAACAGAGGCAGCAAAACUUCAAAAGUUAAGUUCGCUGACAGGCAGCUUUGUGUCCACGAUGCUCCAUGUCGGCUGUGGUGUAUGCGGCUGUACAAAGCUGACAUACUGAGCUUAAUUACUGCUGAGGCUUGUGUCGGGAUGACCGUGAGGACAGAACAAAAAUGGAUGAUGAGUUAUUUUAAAUUUGUUUGUCUGAGCAGAAGAAAAUGUUGCCUGUGAAUGGUCAUUAUUUGCCCACAAGCUUACAGUCUUUCGAUGUUCGAUGUUCCUGGGUCAAAAGGUCGCCGAUCAAAUUUUCGGUUUUGUGCGUGAGAAUAUUUGUGAAGUAUUUCUUACUAGAAAAUGUCAGUUGAUUUAUCGCUGUUCCAAUAAACUAUAAAUUCCCCGCGUACAGUUUGUUUGAAUCGGCGAGUGAGGAGACUGGCGAUGUAUCUGUGUGAAAUUAUGUCUCUAAUGGCGCCCAGUGCCUCAGGUCGAAGUGGCGCCCAGUGCCUCAGGUCGAAGUGGCGCAUUCGGAUACAGAAUUCAAUGCUGGGAAUGUUGGAUGUACAAUGAGAAAUAAAUACAAGGUAUAUCAGAAUUUAAACAGAAAAGGGGACUCUAAACUUUUGGUACAAAGUUUGAAUAGGAGAUAAAAACUAAUGGUAAAUCGCUAUAAAGUGUGAAUGGGGAUUCGGUUGGUUGAUGGUCUCUCAUCAGCAGACGUACCAUGCAUCUCUCUCAUACACACGCCCACACACACAUUUUAUGUUCGUGAUUCAAGUUUAGAUAAAUUGUUAUUGUACAUCGGUAUACACCGGACACUAUGUUACUGUGAUAAGCAGACAUCUUGCAGAGAUGUACUUUUCUCUCUUAUUGUUAUAAAAUUUUGAAAUGCACUUUCACAUUCCUUCCUCCUUCGUUUCCUUCUUUCUUUCCCAUCUACCAGAGUUUUCUUGCCUCUACGCUUAUCGCCGGAAACACUUGUGCAGGAUCAACAAGUGUCGUGAAAGCUGUUCACUGCAUUACCUCAUGGUAGUCGGUGGAACUGAUAGUCGUGUUCAAAAUACUUGUGUUCAUAAACAAUAUUUCAUUAAAUUCUCUUUGCUUUCCUGAAAUGAUUACUUGACAGCUGUGAGAGAACUGGUUUUUAAAUCCUUGAAAUUCUCAAGAGAAAAUUAAAUUUUUUUUUUUGUAACUGAAUGUGGUUAUUCUGACUUUUCUGGGGCAUUGUUAUUAAUUAAAAACGUGUUAAAAAAUAUUUCAGCCAGAGCAUAAUGAAACUGUACACAAAGAUGUCUUUGUAUCUCGGAUUGAAUUGCUGUAGAGAGGAAAAGACAACGAAACUUUGCUCAAUCGGAACUGGACUGGUAUGACAACUGUGAUUUUGUGCCUUUACCUUCCGCUCGAUGUUUUUAUUUAUCACCGUUUGUGUGCUGCAGAAGAACUGCUUUUCCUAGUUUUAAAUAAUCUACUUAGCCUUUUGAUGUAUUUUGUGAAUGAUCGGUUGUGUAAAGCAUAAACAGUACUUGAGAAAGCGUGUGUAUUCAAGGCGACAUUAAAGCUUUCUUCCUAUUU